AUGCAGCAUCCCUUGCGCGCUUGCUCUUCAGCUGUGUUGGCGUUCGUGAAGACGGGCGUGAAUCUCACGAUCGAGGCGGGCGUGACGGUUAGGGCCACGGCCGGCACCCCCGCCGCGGCGCUCGUCAUCGAGCGCGGCGCGAAGAUCUUCGCCCUCGGAACGCAGCAGGAGCCCAUCACCUUCACGUCCGCCACGGGCAUCCAAGACCCGAACGACCCGGAAUUCGAUCCCGCGACCGCGCGGGGCAGGUGGGGUGGCCUGAUCAUCCUUGGGAAUGCCCCCAUCAUCGGCGGCGAGAAUAGCGUCGAGGGGCUCCCGGAGGGGAUGGGCCUGUACGGCGGCAACGACCCCGACGACAGCUCCGGCGUGCUGCGCUUCGUUCGCGUCUGGUUCGGCGGCUCGGAGAUCAGCCCCGACAACGAGAUCAACGGCAUCACGUUCGCUGGCGUGGGCCGCGGGACGGAGGUCGACCACAUCGAAGUCGCGUACAACUUGGACGAUGGCGUCGAGUUCUUCGGCGGCACCGUGAAUGCCAAGUUCAUAUCAGUCUUGUUCUGCGGUGACGAUGGGAUCGAUACGGACGAAGGGUACCAGGGCAAGCUGCAAUUCGUGUUCGUGAUCACGGGAACGAGCGGCCACCACGGGUUUGAGAUGGACAGCGUAGGGGACGAGACCCCCCGCUCAUCCCCCCAAAUCUAUAACGUGCUGAUCGUUGGAGGGAGCACGGACCCCGGCAUGGUGACGUCGGACCAGCAGAAAAACGGUCUGAUUCGCCUUCGGGAGGGCACCGGCGCCCAUCUGGGCAACCUCAUCACCGUCAACGUGGCCGACAAGGCGGUGUGGCUGUCCAACUGCACGGAUGCGCUGACCGUGACGCAAGACAUCGAAAACCGCUCUGGGCCAGACACCCUGUACUUUAGCCCCGGCAACAUGCUGGGCCCCCACACCGCCCCCGUGCGGACGUCCAUAGGCUGCCGCGGCAAGGAGCUCCGCUCCUGGUCCAAGGAGGAGCCGAAUCUGGUGAUGGUGGCCGAGACCAUCAACGACACGGUCCUCUUCAUAGAUCCCCGUCCGCGCACCGGGAGCAGCCCCGUGUACAGGGCCGUCGACGACGUCCCCGCCGACUUCUUCACGCCGGUCGACUACCGCGGCGCGUUCGGCGAAGACCUGUGGCUCUCCGGCUGGUCGCUGCUAGACGAGUUCGGCCUCAUCCCGGACAACGUCUUCGGCGAGUUCCAGGAGGGCGUCAUCCAGUCCGACGCCACCUGGCGCUCCGACACCCUGCACCUGCUGGCGGACCAGGUCUUCGUCGCGAGCGGCGCUACGCUCACGAUCCAGCCCGGAGCCGUCAUCAAGGCCUACAGGGAUAACGGCUCGGGCAGGGCGCCCAGCCUCGUCAUCGAGCGCGGCGCGAAGAUCUUGGCGGAGGGGAGGGCCGACCGGCCCAUCACCUUCACGUCCGUGCUCAACCCGCGCCACCUGCCCGCGCGGGGCACGUGGGGAGGUGUGGUGAUUCUGGGCAACGGUCUCACCUCCAAGGGCGUCAGUAAUGUGGAGGGCCUGGAGGGCGUCGAGUACGGCGGCAACAACCCGGAUGACGACUCGGGCGUGCUGACGUACGUGCGCGUGUGGUACGGCGGAGACAAGAUCGCGCCCGACAAUGAGAUCAACGGCGUCACGUUCGGGGCCGUGGGCGCCAGGACGGUCGUGGACCACCUCGAGGUCGCG